AAGACAGGCGGACAUGGCUGCUAACGAGUUCCCAUACCCUCUCUGCGUGGAGUGCCAGUGCGACCCUCACAGUCACGUACUAAAAAACAAGCUAAUUAUCUAUUUCCAGAGUAAGAAAUCUAGCGAAGGAGGCGACUGUGAUGUGGAAUACCCCGUUUCUGAAGAGCACACAGCAACUGUUCGGUUCAAAUCAAAGGAAGUGAGACAACGGGUUCUGGACAAACAAACGCAUGAGCUCAAGAUUGGUAAAAAAACUGUGAAAUUGACUCUGAGUCUCCCGUUAUCAGAGGCCCCAGUUCCACAGGAAUCAACUUCGUCUGCUGGUAACCUUACUAGUACAGCGGAUGAACCAAAGAUUGAGGAGAAGGCUAAUGUCGUUGAGCCACCUGAGGAAACAGAAGAAGAUGCAACCCUUAAAUCAGCUGUAAUUGAAAAUAUCCAAAACAUUAGUCCAGAUUUUCUAGCAAUGCUGGUGGAAAGUGUGCUGAAAGGAUCUUCUGCUGAGUCAAAGGACUUCAGCAUUGAACCAAUACCAGAGAGUAGCUGUGCUGUGGUAACAUUUUCCAGUAGCAAGGAUGCAAAACAUUUCUUUGUAUCCUCCGAAAGCAAUGGAAUUAUUAAGAGGAAAAACAUUCAAGUUCGACUGCUUGAGAUGACUUCAAAAGUUAAAGCUGAAGGCUUACCUCGAAACUCAAACUCUGACUUGUUAAUGCUCUACUUUGACAAAUUUGCAGAAGUAGAGGAUGAUGGGGUAGCAUUUGAAACAGAUGAUUCAGCAAUAAUCACUUUUAAAAAUCUUGAAGAUGUGCAAAAAGUCCUCAAUCAGCAACACCAGCUUAAAAAACAUGUUUUUAGAGUAAUGCCAUACUAUGAAUCACUGCAGACAGCUCUGUAUGGUAAAGACAGACCCACCCUGACACUUCCAGAGGCAUUUAAUGAGAAGAUUGACAGAACUGUAUGGCACCACAUAAAGGAAAACAGGAAAUCUCUGGAUUUAGUCACACACGCUGUGUCCAGUCAUUUUUGUGAGAUGGAUUUUCAGUCUUCAGCGGUGAAGAUCAGUCCUUCUCAAUCCUUACUUAACAAUGGUGCGCAGACAAGAAAACUCAUUCAGACAUGGAGAGAAAAUGCCCUUUCUGUGUUCUUAGAAUCAAUAUCUAAGUUUAAAUCAACUGAGCUCCACAUUCAGGAGGAUGCAUGGACAGAGAUACAACCUGAAGUUGAAAAAGCAGUAGUUGGAGAGGCUGUCACGCUGGUUUCCUAUGUGGAUGAAGGAACAAUAGCUAUAGCCGGCCUGAAAGAAGAUAUGAACACAACUGAGGGAAUUGUAACAGAACUUGUUGAGAGAGUCACCCAAAGAAUUCAAAGAGAGAAAGGUAGUGAAUCAGAGGAACUCAGUAUGACUCCAUCCAUAUACAAUCUUGUUCUCUGUGAUGGUUUGGAGCAGCAAAUGCGUGACACGUUUCCAGAAAUGAACAUCACAUACAAUAAGCACAACCGAAAGUUAACUUUCUACGGCCUAAAACAGGAGGUGCUGGAAACAAAGAAUAAUAUACUGCAGGCUUGUCUUAAUUUGAUUCGUAAACCAAUUGAGCUUCACCAACCUCUUUUAGAUUUUCUGCACACAAGGGAUGUAGAGGAAAUGACGACAGAAUUGUUUUUUAACAAAGGAAUUAAUGUGGCAUUAGAAGUUGAUGGAAAGAGAUUAUUGCUUGUUGCAAAAACAGACAAUGCCUUGAAUGCUGGUGAGAAUCAAUUGCGGACAGAUCUAGGCCACCUUAGCUUCGAUGUAGAAGAUCCCAGUGUUCUAGUAACAUCUGAUUGGCAUGACCUUGUCUCUCACAUAAAUAACGUAGUCAAAAAUGUUACAGUACAGACAACUGUCAACCAGGUGAUGGUAUCUGGCUUUGUAGAUAGCAUUAAUGGCGUUGAACGAGAGUUAUAUAAUUUCGUUCAGGAAAACUCUCACUUUGAGAAAACUCUGAAAUCUCACAAGACUGUUGUCGCAUUCAUAAAGGAUCACAAAAAGCAGGAUUGGUUUGAAGAGGUGAAAGGUAAAGUGAAAGUGGACUUCAAAGGUGAAGACAUCGUGAUCAGUGGCUCAAGGCUUUACGUCUCUAAGUUUGUGCCUAAGUUCGAGGAAUUGCUUGGAUCUGCAUAUCACUCUACCAUGAAAAUAGUUAAACCAGGAGCAAAGAAGUUUUUCAAGGAGAAAGAGUCCAUGUGUAUUACAUAUGCCAUGACAAGAAUGAAGUGUUUGGUCCAGUUAGUAAAUGAGCAUGACAACCCUCAUGACACAAAUAAAUCACAAAUCACAAAGCCUGUUUAUCAUUAUAAAACACAUGAAGGAAUGGAGAUUAUAGUACACAAAGCUGACAUGUGUUCAUUUCAAGUGGAUGCAGUGGUGGGUGCAUGCAAAGAGAACCUCCAACUGGAUGGAGGUUUAGUAAAGGCGCUCUCAGAUGCUGCUGGUCCUAAACUUCAGAAGGACUGUGACAAGAUGGUCAAAAAACGGAAGUUCACAACUGGUGAUGCUGUCCUCCUCGAUGCUGGAGACCGACUACAGUGCAAGCAUGUCAUUUUAGCAAUAGGACCACAUUAUAACUCUUCCAAACCCCAGGAGUCAGAAAAGCUCCUGAAAAAAACUGUGAGGAAGUGUCUGAAUUUGGCAGAUCAGGAAAGCUUCCAGUCGCUGGCAAUCCCAGCCAUUAGUUCUGGUGUAUGUGGUUUCCCACUGGACCUUUGUGCAGACACCAUUGUGAAAGCUAUAAAAGAGUUCUGUGAUUUUGUUGAAGGGGACUAUACACUGCAGGAGAUUCACCUAGUUGACAACAAUGAUAAGACAGUUAAAACUUUAGAAGCUGCAGUGAAGAAAGUUUAUGGGGCCAGUCCGCUUACCCACAGCUUGACAUCUGGAAGCAGUUCAAGCAGCCAACAGCAAGACCAAAACCAAGCAAGCGCUUCUCUAAACCAACAGCAGAUAGCCACACACUUCCAAGGAACAUCACAAAGUUUUCAGACAAAAGAAGGUUUAACCAUCACUCUUAACAAAGGAAACAUUGAGGACACAACAAUGGAUGUUGUUGUGAACACUCUCAGCAGUGACCUGAAUCUCGGUGUAGGCGCAAUUUCAAAUGCCCUUCUCAAAGCAGCUGGUCCUCAGCUUCAGGUUCUGCUCAAUCAGAAAGUCACAGGCCCUGUCAGCAUCGGAGCAGUCUUUGAAACAGCCGGUGCAAACCUAAAGAACAAACUGGUGUUCCAUGCUGUUGUACCCCACUGGAAUCAAGGGCAAGGAAACGAGCAGAAGGUGCUGGAGGAUAUCGUGGAUAAGUGUUUGAAUCAGGCAGAGCAGCAUCAGCAAAGCUCUAUUGUAUUCUCUGCCAUUGGCACAGGGAACCUGGGAUUUCCAAAGCCAUUGGUGGUCUGCACUAUGCUGGACUCAGCCUUCAACUUUAGCAGUAAAAGAGGUUCAAAGCAUGUGAAGGAAGUGGUAUUUGUUCUUCACCCCAAAGAUACACAAACCAUUCAGGCUUUCACAGAUGAGUUUAGCAAGAGGUUUUUGGGCCAGUCUGCCCCAGCAAGUAACCCCACACAGCCACAGAGCACAGGACCCUUCUCAAAAGUCACAACGAAAUCUGGGAUUCAUGAGACUACAGUAGGAGGAGUAAUACUACAGGUCCUGCAUGGUGAUAUUACUUUAGAGAAAACUGAUGUCAUUGUGAACUCCAGCAAUAAAGAUUUCACAGCGAAAUCAGGUGUCUCAAAGGCUAUUUUGGAUAAGGCUGGUCCAAAUAUUGAAACUGAGUGCCAGCAACUUGGGGCCCAGGCUAACAGUGGACUGAUAAUGACUCAAGGGGGAAAUUUACAGUGUAAAAAGAUUAUUCAUCUUGCAGUACAAAGCGAUGCCAUUAAGAUCAAAAAACAUGUUAAAAGUGCUUUGGAAAUAUGCGCCAAGGAAAAGUUCACCUCCAUUGCAUUCCCAGCUAUUGGUACAGGACAAGCAGGGUUGUCUCCAGGUCAAGUAGCAGACUCCAUGAUGGAUGGUAUUCUGGAGACGAUAAGAAAAAUGUCCCAGUCCACUGUCAAGCUGAUAAGACUGGUGGUGUUCCAGAAACAAAUGCUCCCUGAAUUCCACAAAAGCAUGCAGAAUCGAGAAUCUGGACCUGCCAAACAAGAGCAGAGCACCUGGUCAAAAAUCAAAGCAUAUGCCGCUAAUGUUAAAUCGUUCUUUACUGGAUCUUGGGAGAAAGAAAUAAAACAACAUGGUGGCAAAGACUUUGUCAUCGAAGGCAUCCAAGUAGAUCCAGUGUAUUUUUCUAUCUGUGGACCUUCACAAGCAGAAGUGGACAAAACAAAGCGAUUCUUAGAGGACACAAUCAACGAUGAACAAGUGUUCCAACCCAUCACAGACACAGCCAUACUUACCUUAUCGGAUAAAGACCAACAGCGAAUCCAGGACCUGCAAAGCUCCAUAGAUGUGACUAUAACUCUGGAAUACAAAGCUCAUAAAGGUUCAGACGAAACCCCGGGACAGGCCACACUCAUAGUACAAGGUCUCAGCCGAGAUGUUCUAAAAGCCACUCAGGAAAUCCAAGACAUGCUCAAAACAGCAAAAGAGAAAGAGACACUGCAAAAAGAAAUGGAUUACACAAGUGAGCUUGUUGAUUGGCAGUAUGAACAAGGUGGCCAAUAUAAGAGUUUUGAUCAACAUACAAAUUUGGAAUUGGAAAAGGCCCUUGCCAGACAAGCUACAGACAUCAAAAUUUCCUUCCAAGGCCAGACUUAUAAGGUCACACUGCCUGAGGGUCCAGCAGUGAGCACCUCUGGUGGAAACCAGAUGAAUAUCAAACGCAUUGACAAACUCAAAGCUACUGAAGAUAUUCCACAGCAUUGGGAUGCAAUGGCACCUAGUGAAUUUUACAGAAUGUUUAAUUUGCAACAAACCAGCACAGAAUACAAAGAUGUAUUGGGACUCUUCCAGGCCACUUGUCGAAACCAAGUCUUGAAAAUCGAACGAGUCCAGAAUCCUGGCAUGUGGAAGAACUACCAGAAUAACAAAAGCGUCAUGGAAAAGAAGAAUGGCCAUCAAAACAACGAGAAACGACUCUUUCAUGGAACCAGUGAGCCGACUAUUAGUCAAAUCAAUAAGGGUGGCUUUAAUCGCAGCUACGCAGGGAAAAAUGCUACAGCAUAUGGAAAAGGCACUUAUUUUGCACUCAAUGCAAGCUACUCUUCUAGCAACACAUACUCAGUGCCUAAUGCUCAGGGACAUAAGCACAUGUACCUCUGCAGAGUCCUUACAGGUGAUUAUAUUACAGGAAAUUCAACAAUGUUCGUGCCACCUGCAAAAAAUGCCAACUGUGACCCCUACGACACGGUCGUGGACAACCCUGCUGCACCAACCGUUUUUGUGGUAUUCCGAGAUGAUAAUGCAUAUCCUGAAUAUUUAAUCACUUUCAUGUAGCUGCUGAAGAUCAAUCAUUUUACAAUCAGGGAGAUGAUUUUUAAAUGAAACUGUAGUUCCCAAAACAUGUUUUAUUUACCUGUUAAAAUUUAAAAGGGUAUUAAUUACGGAACCCGCAUGUGCCUUAGAAUUCAUUCAUAUUCUGUUGUUUCUGCUGUAAUGUUUUCAAAAUUGUGUUUUGUUCUGGUGAUAUGUGAAUAAUUUGCACAAACAAUACAAUUUUCAAUCACAAACUACUACACUGCAAGUAAAGAUCUUAGAAAACUCA